AUGGGCGGGAUCGGCAAGUACAGGCUCCGCAACAAGAGUGAGGUGUGGCGGGUCCAGUUCACGCUGGCCAAGAUCUGCAAAGCUGUGGGGGAGCUGUUCACACUGUCUGAGAAGGACCCACGGCGGCUCUUUGAAGGCGAUGCCCUGCUGCAGCGUCUGGUGCCUAUCGGUGGCCUGGACAAAGGCAAGAUAAAGCUGGACUACAUCCUGGGCCUGAAGAUCGAGGACUUCCUGGAGCGGAGCCUGCAAACGCAGGUCUUUAAGCUGGGCCUGGCCAAAUCCAUCCACCACGCGAGGAUUCUCAUCCGCCAGAGGCAUAUCAGAGUCCAAAAGCAGGUGGUGAACAUCCCCUCCUUCAUCAUGCGCUCGCCCUACAGAGGUGGCCAGGCUGGCAGGGUCAAGAAGAAGAACACGAAGAAGGACCAGGAAGGGGCGGGCACUGGAGAUGAUGAGGAGGAAGAUUAA